GGAAGGAUUCGUGGGUUGUUUUUGCUACCUCACGGUCCGGAGCAACAUCUGGACUGGAAUGGUGAACGCUGGCUUCUAUAGGCUAAUUUUGAUAAGGCAUCUCAGUUCCGGGGGGAGGGGGGGCGUGGGCGUGCGCAAUCGAAGGGUUCCCGCUUGUCUGUCAUAGGUGCAUGCAUCCUAGCAGCAGCAGAUUAAGGCAGCGGUAGCACCAGCAAUUAUUUGCUAUGAAGAUUCUGUCUCUCUGAUGUAUCCCAGCAGACCAUGGGAGGGAUCAUGCCUGCAGCUAUGGAGCCAGCCUUGGUUUCUUCUGUUUCUCUCUUCUUGCUUUGGCUGAGGCCGUUUCCAGCUCAGGCGUGGGGAGGGAGAGAGACGAAGAACGAAGUGCACUUCCAGGUGCACCAUGAAAUCACAGUACCUCAGUGGAGAGCAGAAGGGGGCACUGGCAAUGACAAGCAUCCAUCCAGAGCAGAAGUCAAUAUAACAGCUGAAGGAAGAAAUCUCAUCUUGGAUAUUGAGAAGAAUGAGCAGCUGUUUGCACCGAGCUAUACUGAAACUCAUUAUACUAAAACUGGAACCCCCCACACCAUCACUUUGAACCACACAAAUCAUUGCUUUUACCAUGGUGUAGUGAGAGGGAUGGAAGAUUCCAGCGUGGCACUCAGCGCAUGCAGUGGUCUACGCGGCCUUAUAGUACUGAGCAACAACCUCAGCUAUAUCUUGGAACCACUUCCUCAUAAACAGGAGCAGCACUUAAUCUACAGGUCUGAACAUUUCAAGUUUCCCAGGGGUACCUGUGGAUCCGAGCAUUCAAGGUCAAUGGCCAUGGAUUGGCUCACUGAGCUGACAGGCCAAGCUGAGUCAAACUAUCAUAGAGUGAAGAGGGAUGAUGAACAGUCUAUGAAAUAUGUGGAACUUCUUCUAGUUGCUGAUUAUGCUGAGUUUCAAAAGAAUAAUCAUGAUCUUCAAGCAACCAAGAAUAAAUUGGUAGAGGCUGCUAAUUAUGUAGAUAAGUUUUACAAAUCCCUGAACAUACGAAUUGCCCUGGUGGGGCUUGAGGUCUGGAAUGACCACAACAUGUGUGAAAUCUCUGCGAAUCCACAUUCAACUCUGUGGUCUUUUCUUGCUUGGAGGCAGAAACAACUGAAGUAUAAAAAGCAUGACAAUGCCCAGCUGAUCACUGGGAUGGCUUUCCAUGGCUCUACUAUUGGUUUGGCACCUCUCAUGGCCAUGUGUUCUGUCUACCAGUCUGGAGGAGUGAACAUGGAUCAUUCUGAUAAUGCCAUUGGAGUUGCAGCCACCAUGGCACACGAGAUGGGACAUAACUUUGGCAUGAGCCAUGAUUCAGCUGGCUGUUGUAUGGCUAGUGCUAAGGAUGGAGGAUGCAUCAUGGCUGCUGCAACAGGGCACCCAUUCCCUAAGGUGUUCAAUUGGUGCAAUAAGAAGGAACUGAACAGAUAUAUGCAGUCUGGUGGAGGGAUGUGCCUUUACAAUAUGCCAGAUACCAAGAUCUUAUACGGAGGAAAGAAAUGUGGAAACGGUUACCUGGAAGAAGGAGAAGAAUGUGAUUGUGGAGAAGUGGAGGAGUGCAAUAAUCCUUGCUGCAAUGCUGCUAGUUGUUCUCUGAAGCUUGGUGCUGAGUGUGCUCAUGGAACUUGCUGUCACCUGUGUAAGUUGAUUUCUCCAGGGACUCUUUGCAGGGAACAAUCUAGACCCUGUGACCUACCAGAAUAUUGUACAGGCAAAUCACCAUUCUGCCCUGCAAACUUUUACCAGUUGGAUGGCACCCCAUGUGCCAAUGGGAGAGCCUAUUGCUACAGUGGGAUGUGCCUUACAUAUGAGCAGCAGUGCUUGCAGCUCUGGGGAAAUGGAGCACGGCCAGCCCCUGACACCUGCUUUGAGAGGGUGAAUGCUGCUGGAGAUCCCUAUGGGAACUGUGGGAAGGAUGUCAAUGGCAGAUACAAGAAGUGUGAUACAAGAGAUGCUAAGUGUGGGAAGAUUCAGUGUCAAAGCUCUGCAGCAAAGCCUUUGGAGUCCAAUGCUGUUGCAAUUGAUACAACUAUUAUGUUGAAUGGAAGGCAAAUCCGCUGCCGUGGAACUCAUGUAUAUCGAAAUGAAGAAGAAGGAGGGGAUAUAUUGGACCCAGGACUUGUGAUGGCAGGAACUAAGUGUGGUGACAGUCAUAUUUGCUUUGAGGGCCACUGUCGGAACACCUCCUUCUUAGAUACUGGAGACUGUGGGAAGAAGUGCAAUGGUCAGGGAGUUUGCAACAAUAACCAGAACUGCCACUGUUUCAGUGGAUGGGCACCCCCAUUUUGCAAUAAACCUGGGAAUGGAGGCAGUCUGGACAGUGGGCCUAUGCCUCAAGAAAGUGCAGUGCCAAUCAUUGCAGGAGUCCUGGUUUCUAUCUUGAUCUUGACUGCCAUUGGAAUUGCUUUUUGCUGCUAUAAAUGGAGGACCAGGCUUGGGCCACUAAAGCAGUCUAUCAUUCCUCCAAAGAACAUACCUCAGUUCAGCACUGCACCUCCUGUUCAGAAUGGUGGGAAUGGCCAUGCCAAUCCAGCCUUCAAGCUGAAAACUCCACAAGAACACAGAAAGGUUAUUGACACACAGAAUGUUCCUGCAAACCCUGAAGUGCUUUACUGCCAGCCAGCUCCAGAGUUCAAACUCCAUGUUCAGCUACCACCUGAAUUUCCAGCCAACAACACAAGGAAGCCCCCCACUCUAGGGCACCAGAGUGAGGUGAAGAAUUUGGCAAAACGAACUCCACCAAGCAGGCCAGCACCUCCUGCUCCAAAAGUUGUCAUUCCACAGAAUUCUUCCAGACCACAAGCCCCUCAGAAAGCUCUUCCUGCUAAUCCUGUUCCUUCAAACAAGAGACCUGUGCUUCCCAAAAUGAAUGCAAGUGCAGUACCAUCACAUGCUGUGGCAAGGAAUCCAGAAAUCCAUCAGAAUUCAGCCAUUAAACAUUCUGGAGACGUGAGCACCUGGAAGUAUGGCCGCUGAUGUUUCUAUUGCAGUACCAAAAUCCACACUAGUACCCUCCAACCAGUGACUUCACUUGGGAUAUUUGGCUUUUGUUUCCAGAAAGAAGACAUGCUGGUCAUGUACAAUUUUCCAAUUGCUCUUCUCAUACGAUGAUGGGGCAAAUUUCAGGCUUGGCUUUAAUAAAGUUAUCUACCAUCCUUGGCACAUGCAGAUGCAACUCCCCUGGAAAUGAGUUGGCAUUUCAACAGUGCACACCAAGGCUAAAUAGGACCUGCCUUAUCUUUUGGAAUUUUUUUCAUUAUAGGAGUUACAGGGGCAGCACUGAAAUUUGUGGCAAAAUGUACAGUAUGCCAAAAGGAGGGGAAAGAGGCCUUGAUUAUCUCUCUUCCAAUAAUUAUCCGAAUUGAAGAUGAACUGACUUAAUCAGCAUCAAUGCAUCUCUGUCAUAUUUCCCAAGACCCUGUCAUAUUUACAUACUUGCUUAGAACCUGGAACAACCCCUGGAGAACAGAGUACCAUGAUGCCCUUUCUAUAUUCUCAUGGCCAGUGGAAAUUCCUUCAAAGUACUUCAUAAUAUAGAGGAAUUUCCCAAUCUCAUGGAAUUUUGCUACAUUGGAUCAAGAGAAGAGAGUUUAUUUCCCUCUGCAGUGAAUUUUCCAGGGUUUAUUACUUACCUGUAUACAAUUUUUUUUUCCGGUGGGACUAUCAUUGUUCAUCCCAAAGUUUUUCUGAUCAUGGUCUACAGGUUUUCAAAGCAUUGGUGGCAUAAUACUUGUCUUUACUGUGCACUUUGCUUCCAUAGUCCUCUUUAUGUUAUUUGGCUGCAUGGAAUGCUAGAAGGAUUUUGUGGCAUUUUAUUCCCCACAAUGAUCUCUCUGGGACUGGUAUUUUUGGUCCUUUAGUACCCCAUCAUCUGUGGUUAGUGGUGCAAACAUCCCUUUACCUGGAGGGCUUGACCCCCAUCCAUGUACUGUUAAGCCAUACCUCAUAUCCAAUGCCAUAGACAUAGACAUGUAUCUAUAGUAGCUCUUUAUAUAUAAAAAAACGGAAUAUGUUUUCAGAUACUAGUUUAGCAAAUCACUGCUUGAGAGAGAAAAAAGUGUACUCCAAAUAACUCUGGUUUGAGCAUCACCAUUAUUUUAGGCAAUUUCAGAAGAAGAAAAUGUUGUAUCUCAUCAACCAAAUUUUAGCAAGAUCCUUUCAAAUUUUCACAGGUCUGCAUUUAACUAUCAGGGUUUUUUUGGGAGGGGUACAAAUCAUUUUUGUACAGUACACUCAGUUUAGUUUUUGCAUAUUUGUCUUUCAUUAGACUGGGCUUGCUUGUUCACACAGAAAGUUUAUUAAUUUUAUCCCAGUAUAAGUUACUCUGCAGUCUAAUCUUCAUUCAGAAUGUACAUAUGGGACUAUAAAACUUUGGUAGGUAUCUUGGUUUUAUAAGCCGCUGCACAGAGUUCAGUACCUAAGGUUAAAGUUUGAAUUAUUUAAUUGGGAUGUAAUUCUUUAUCAGUUCUCAGUAUAAAUGAAAUAAUGUUUGCCUAUUUCUGAUUUUAGUGCUGGUGCUAAAACAAUAAAUCUGACGUGAAUAAGCCCCUAGAAAAGGUACUACAGGCAAACGGCAAUCACAAUGGAGUGGGGGACUUACAGAUUAUUGUCCUGUCACCAUGAUAUUUUGCUGUUAGUCACCUCACUCAACAAAUGAUCACUUCCUUUCUGGGUUGCACAUGUGAAUUCACCUGCAAAUAUCUAAUUAACAAACCAGUGAACUGUCCUAAUGAAGAUCUGUUGGCUCAGCUGGAAGUUUCAUUCAUGGUGCUUUGACUAAUAGGCAGCUGAUUUAAAUCUGAAUUUGCUGUAACUGGACAACAUGGUGCAGGCUGUCUUUAUGCACUUUAAACAACCUAGAAGUUCCAGUUAUGCAGAUGCAACAUUAUUAUUGAUCUGAGGCUUUAGGUAUAUUAUCUCAGGUUUUAAAAUCUUUGUGGUGUGGUGUUUGCACUGUGAUGUCUCUUUUUUCCUCUGCAAUAUGUUGGUGCUAUACAUAGAGAGAUGUUUCCUUUUUGAUGUUCAAUAGCAGAGUUGAAACUACAAUGAUUUGGCUUACUUAGAACAUCUACCUAGAUGUUCUUAAUGCAGAUUCUUUAAGAUUGGUGGGCUGUUAAUAUACAGGGGUUUUAAAAUGUGUAUUAGUAUCUUUAAAAUCCCACAGUUUCAUUUCAGACUUGGUUAUGCUGUUAAGACUGGAGAGAGGAAUUAUAAAACAGUUGUUCCAAAUUAAUUUCAAAAAUAUAGAGUCCUAGUGGAUACCCAAAAGUCUCUGGUGAUAGUUAUUAACAUGCAUCCAAUUUUGGUUAGACAACAGUUAAUCUUAAUAAUGUACCUGUAUUGGCAUGUAAGUAGUUGAUAUUUACAGAAUAUCUAACCACUGUUAAGUGGUUCUGAUAAUUGCAGAUUCUCUCCUUGUAGUCUUUAUGUCCUAUCAGUUCCAACACUUGUUUCAAAAUCUCAUAGAGCGCUCAUUUAAAAUCUGACAACACUCAAGUAUUUUGUAUUCUCUUUUAAUUUAAAUAACUGAUAGAAUAUACUUUAAAAGUUCCACACCAGCAAUUUACUCCAGGAUGGAAAGUGUGUAUUCUUCAGUAAAUUCAGCAGCCAUGCUUGCUGAUCUGAAUCUAUUCAGCCUAAAUCUUAGGCCACAUUAGGACAGUGUGAUCAAUAAUCAUUCCUGAACUGGGAAAUGGGAAGACACAACAAACAGGCUCUCUUCUCAUUUCAGUCAGAUUUAUAAACAGUGAAUCUUGUCAUUGGUCUCACUAAAAUUUAAGCCAUCUCAGCCUAUUUCAAAGAACACCUGGAUAGAAUUCAAAUAAAACAUUUAAAACUGAUCAGUUAGGGUCAAUUGGGUCUUCUUUAAGUGCUCUAGAACCAAAUGGUAACUGUCUGCCUUACCGCUCCUCAGUGCUCCCUGAUUCCUAUAGUGUGAAGAUGAAGGCUUCUAUCCUAUGCAAGACAAAAGACGAGAGUUCUCAAAUUGUUACUGCACUUGAAGAAAGGAACUAGAACUGCUGAAUUUCCUCCUUUUAUGCAGCUUCUUAAGGAAGCCCUGUGAGCAUUGAGACUUGGCAACUUUAAGUAAACCAAACCAUAAAUAAUUAUAUUUUCAUGUAAACGGUAACAGAAUAGGUUGGGAGAAAAAUAUUGCAAUUUUCUUUUUUAUUAUUAUUUUGGAAGACCUUAUGCACCACAUGUCACAUUUUAUAUCUGAAAAGUUUACAAUGUGAUUUCGAUGCGUCUAUGCAGAUACUUGAAUAAUGCAGUUUAUUGUGCCUUUUGCCUAGUUAUAUUUAAUAAACAUUGUGGUCAGAUUAUUAAA